UGCACAGUUUACCCACGGAGCACCAUAUAUCUGCGCGGCUUGCGUCCGACGCUGUAGCAAUGCUGCUCCGGGCGCAGUCCGCGUCCAUACGUCAUCCCGGCUCACGAGAGCUCUCAGCACCGCGACCCGCGACCUCCGUACCUCGAUAAACGCAACCCCGCCCAGUCCGCCCAUCUUGCAUCCGUUUCGCAAUGCGCAUACCGUAGCUUCCCCGAAAAAGCCCCUUCGGAUUGCCAUCAUCGGCUCCGGACCUGCCGGUUUCUAUACGGCGCAUCGGUUGAUGCACAAGGUUCAAGAUGCUCGGGUGGACAUGUAUGAGCAGCUCCCCGUACCCUAUGGGCUCGUCCGCUUUGGGGUCGCACCCGAUCAUCCUGAAGUCAAGAACUGCCAGGAUACAUUCGAGGAGGUAGCCGCAUCACCGCGAUUCAAUUACAUCGGCAACGUCAGGGUUGGGUAUGAUAUUGGGCUGGCGAAGAUGAAGCCUCACUAUGACGCGAUCCUGUUCUCGUAUGGAGCGUCCGAGGAUAGGAAGUUGGGGAUACCGGGUGAAGAUCUGCCGGGUGUCCUCUCGGCGAGAGAAUUCGUAGGCUGGUAUAAUGGGCUGCCCCAGUUCCAGAGCCUGGCGCCGGGUUUAGACGCUGGGGAGCAGGCUGUCAUUAUAGGGCAGGGAAAUGUGGCAUUGGACGUUGCGCGGAUACUUUUGACACCCGUGGAUGUCCUGCGCAAAACGGACAUCACGGAACAGGCUUUACAAGUUUUGUCUGGUAGUAGGGUGAAGUCCGUCAAGGUAGUAGGACGGCGCGGUCCGUUGCAGGCUGCAUUUACUGUUAAGGAAGCUCGCGAGCUGAUGCAUAUCCCUGGCGUGACGUUCGAGCCAAUCGACCAGUCAUUAUACCCACCAGAUAUCAAGAAGCUCCCUAGAGUGCAACGGCGCAUAGCAGAAGUCCUGCUGAAAGGUACUCAGGCUUCCCCACAAGAGUCGUGCAAAUCCUGGUCCUUGUCUUUCCUCAAGGCACCAAAGUCCAUAGACGCGAGCGAAGGCUCCGGCCAUCUCACCUCUGUCACAUUCACCAACCAAGCCUUCUCUCCAGGGACGGAUCCUUUCUCCAAGUCUGCUUCAGUGACUCCCACAGAGGAGACAUCCGCCUAUCCCGCAUCGCUAGCAUUCCGAUCCGUCGGAUACAAAUCGGCCGCAUUGCCCGGAUUUUCUGAUAUCGGCGUCCCGUUCGACCCCAAACUCGGCAUCAUCCCGAACGACCCAUACGGACGCGUCAUUGCUCCCUCCGAAGGCCCAGGAGCCUUAACUGCCGGCCAUGUACCAGGUCUUUAUUGCGCCGGCUGGGUCAAACGCGGUCCAACUGGUGUGAUUGCAAGCACAAUGCAAGACGCGUUUGCCUCCGCCGAUGUCAUUGCCCAGGACUGGGAAUCCGAUGUGCCGUUUCUGAACACUGAUAAAGGCGAGAAGCAGAGUACCGGUUUAGGUUGGGACGGGAUCAAGGAAGAGGUUAUUGGGAACGGUGUGCGACCGGUCAGCUGGGAGGACUGGAAGAGGCUCGAUCAAGCAGAACGCUCGCGAGGAAAAGAGCUCAGCAAAGAAAGAGAAAAGUUCAAAACCGUGGAGGACAUGCUCGCUACUCUCGAUAGGUGAUUCUGGAUAUUAGAUUUUGGCCGGCAUAAAAGCUUCGGUGUCUAGACGUCGCGGUGCCGGUUUCCCACCUCAAAUGUCCAGGAAGUUAGGACCGUCAACAAAACGUGCUCAUGCAAACAUUUCUGGUCUCCAAGAUUUCGCCUUCCCGCAUAAAUCUUCUCUGCACAUCUCUUUCGCGAGUCAACAUCAGCCCAAUGCUACUUGCUGUCGACGGUGACGUCAGUUGCGCCGUUUGAACCGCUCUGGAACGCAAACAACUCGACGUUGACGAUGGUAGGUCACGUCGUCCCCUGAAACGUGCCUACAGCUGACCCAGUCAGGCUGCCUACCCCGCCCUCCAGCGCCUGCGCGAGAGCCUCGAUCAUAAAC